UUGGCUGCGUUUUGAUAACCUCACCAGACCACUUCACUCUCUCUCUCUCUGCGUUGUAGCAGAGAAGUUGUACUGCCACCCUACAAUGCCGGAGCUACCUGAGGUUGAGGCGGCGCGUCGGGCGCUGGCUGAGAACACCAUCGGGAAGAAGAUAAUAAAAGCGAUUGUAGCUGAUGAUUCCAAAGUCAUUGACGGUGUAUCUCCCAAGGACUUCGAGGCAGCGCUUCUUGGAAAAACUAUUGUGGCCGUUCAUCGGAAGGGAAAGAACAUGUGGAUUCAACUCGACUCCCCUCCUUUCCCGUCUUUCCAAUUCGGAAUGGCCGGGGCUGUGUAUAUCAAGGGAGUUGAGGUCACCAAAUAUAAAAGGUCCGCAGUGAAGGAUACAGAUGAAUGGCCAUCCAAGUAUUCCAAGUUAUUCGUUGAACUAGCUGAUGGCAUGGAAUUCUCAUUUACUGACAAGAGGCGGUUUGCUAAAGUUCGCCUACUUGACAAUCCUGUUUCUGUUCCCCCAAUCUCUGAGCUUGGACCUGAUGCAUUGAUGGAGCCGAUGACAGAAGACGAACUGAGCAACUCAUUGAGAAAGAAGAACAUUGGAAUUAAGGCUCUUUUACUUGACCAGGGUUUUAUUUCAGGCAUUGGCAAUUGGAUGGCUGAUGAAGUUCUAUACCAAGCAAGAAUUCACCCCCAGCAAACUGCUUCCAGCCUGUCCAAAGAAAGCUGUGCAACCUUGCUCAAGUGCAUUAAUGAGGUAACUGAAAAGGCUCUUGAGGUUGGGGCCGACAGUAGUCAAUUCCCUGAUGAUUGGAUUUUCCAUUCUAGGGAAAAGAAACCUGGCAAGGCUUUUGUUGAUGGGAAGAAAAUCGACUUCAUCAAAGCUGGUGGCAGGACAACAGCUUAUGUCCCUGAGUUACAAAAGUUGAGUGGCAAUCAAGCUGUAAAAGAGACAGAUAAAAGAUCCAAGCGCACUACUGCUGGAUAUGGUGGUGGUGUUGAUGAGUCGGGAUCGGAGGAUGAGCCAAUGGAACCAAAAGUCACUAAAGGGAGGAAGACAGGUGGUGCCAGUAAGCCCUCAAAGAAAAAGCCCAGUGCCAGUGUCAAAGACUCUGAUGGCGAUGAAGGCGAUGAUGUAUCUUCAAAGAGAAAACGAGGGGCGAAGAAGCCUCCUACAAAGAGCAAACCCAAGGGAGGCAAAACUGGUGCAGCGGAGCAGAGACAAACUAGAGGGAAAGGUGCUGCUGCAAAGAGAAAGCACAAGGAAGUUGAUGACAGCCUCAGUAAUUCUAGUGAAAAUGGAAUCGAGGAUGGGGAAGAAGACGCUUAGAAGGCAAUGAAUGGAAGAACAGGGAAGUAGCAUCCCAGAAAUGAACUCUGCUUCGAGUAAAAGAACUACUACUAAUCUACCUGAUUAAUCUUGUCUCUCCUUCCAAGUUCUGGUAAGGGGAGAUGUAGGAUUUCUAACAGAAAGAGCUGCUAAUUUUGUGUAAUUUAUAUUGAUUGCUCUUUCUUAUUUAUGAGACUCUAGGACAGACUCGAAAUUCAUAGUAGUCUUUCGGACCUAAGCAGAGCAUCUCUCAUGGUUUUGGUGCAAGGAAUUUUGUACACGUACAGUACAAGUGGUUUAUUUGCACUGACUUCUACAUCCACUUUUACUGACAAUGCUGUGUGCAAAGCUGUGAAUAUGUCUUCA